GCGCUCCUGCAGGGGGCGAGCGGCUCCGGGCCGCCAGGGGCCGCUGUGGCGCAGCCGGGCCGGGCCGCAUCGCCCGGCUGCGGAUCGCCGGGCCCUCUUGGGCACGGCCUUGCCGGUUUGGCGGGGUGAAAGGUUGCGAAGAUGGCGACGGCCUUGAGCGAGGAGGAGCUGGACAAUGAAGACUAUUACUCGUUGCUGAACGUGCGCAGGGAGGCUUCUUCUGAAGAGCUAAAAGCUGCCUACCGGAGGCUGUGUAUGCUUUACCAUCCGGACAAGCACAGAGACCCAGAGCUCAAAUCACAAGCGGAACGACUAUUUAACCUUGUCCACCAGGCUUAUGAAGUGCUUAGUGACCCCCAAACCAGGGCCAUCUAUGAUAUAUAUGGGAAGAGAGGACUGGAAAUGGAAGGAUGGGAGGUUGUGGAAAGGAGGAGAACCCCAGCUGAAAUUCGAGAGGAGUUUGAGCGGCUGCAGAGAGAGAGGGAAGAGAGGAGACUACAGCAGAGAACCAAUCCCAAGGGAACGAUCAGCGUUGGAGUAGAUGCCACUGACCUUUUUGAUCGCUAUGAUGAGGAGUAUGAAGAUGUAUCCGGAAGUGGCUUUCCACAGAUUGAAAUUAAUAAAAUGCACAUAUCCCAGUCCAUUGAGGCACCCUUGACAGCUACAGACACAGCCAUCCUCUCUGGAAGCCUCUCGACCCAGAACGGGAAUGGAGGGGGCUCCAUUAACUUUGCACUCAGACGAGUCACUUCUGCAAAGGGAUGGGGAGAGUUGGAAUUUGGAGCUGGAGACCUACAGGGGCCUUUAUUUGGCCUCAAGCUGUUCCGCAAUCUCACACCAAGAUGCUUUGUGACGACAAACUGUGCUCUGCAGUUUUCAUCCCGUGGAAUCCGGCCUGGCCUUACCACUGUCCUAGCUCGGAACCUGGACAAGAACACCGUGGGCUACCUGCAGUGGCGGUGGGGUAUCCAGUCGGCCAUGAACACUAGCAUCGUCCGGGACACUAAAACCAGCCACUUCACUGUGGCCCUGCAGCUGGGGAUCCCUCACUCCUUUGCACUGAUCAGCUAUCAGCACAAGUUCCAGGAUGACGAUCAGACUCGCGUGAAAGGAUCCCUCAAGGCAGGCUUCUUCGGGACGGUGGUGGAGUACGGAGCCGAGAGGAAGAUCUCCAGGCACAGCGUUCUGGGUGCAGCUGUCAGCGUUGGAGUCCCACAGGGUGUUUCCCUCAAAGUCAAGUUAAACAGGGCCAGUCAGACGUACUUCUUCCCCGUCCAUCUGACGGAUCAGCUCCUGCCCAGCGCCGUGUUCUACGCCACCGUCGGGCCUCUCGUGGUCUACUUUGCUAUGCACCGUCUGAUCAUCAAACCAUACCUCAGGGCUCAAAAAGAGAAGGAAUUGGAGAAGCAAAGGGAAAGUGCCGCUACCGACAUUCUGCAGAAGAAGCAGGAGGCGGAAGCCGCUGUUCGGUUGAUGCAGGAAUCUGUCCGAAGGAUAAUCGAGGCAGAGGAGUCCAGAAUGGGGCUCAUCAUCGUGAACGCCUGGUACGGGAAGUUCGUCAACGACAAGAGCAAGAAAAACGAGAAGGCGAAGGUGAUCGACGUGACUGUGCCCCUGCAGUGCCUGGUGAAGGACUCGAAGCUCAUCCUCACAGAGGCCUCCAAGGCUGGGCUUCCUGGGUUUUAUGACCCGUGUGUGGGUGAAGAGAAGAACCUGAAAGUGCUUUAUCAGUUCCGAGGUGUUCUGCAUCAGGUGAUGGUGCUGGACAGUGAGGCCCUUCGGAUACCAAAGCAGUCUCACAGGAUCGACACAGAUGGAUAAACUGCUUGAGAACCAGAUUUUUAAAAGGCUGCAAAAAAUCUUGUCCUGGGAGUCUACAAAUUUGGAAGCAGGGAGAAAACCCAGACAUCAGAUGUUUUUAUUUUCUAUUAUUCCUAUAAAAGGUGAUACCAUAUCAAUUAUGUGAAAGAACACACAGACACCUCAGCUUUUGUAGGUGCUGUGGGUAGGACCGAGGCAGCCCCACCCUGGACCAGACCACAGCAUGGCCCAUGGCUGUGUUCCCAAGGAUCAUGUUCCUGGAGGCACGUGCCCUGGCCCCCGACUCUCCUAGGUCCCCCCCAGGGUCUUCAGCAUGUGUGCUGACUGCAGCCACCGCUGGUUGUCGGUCCUGUCUGGGGGUCUUUGUGGCACACCCUGCCCCACACCUGGGACUGUGAACUCCUAACAUCACAGUGACGGGGGGAAACAAACACAAAGGCAGGCAGGCGCUCUCACAUGCCACGGCCUCCGGAUCAAGGGAACAUGUGUCUGGUCGACUUCCCAGAAACCACCUUUUUCUGCUGAAAUAUUACCAAGUCAAUCUGGAAAGGACUGUGGGUUUAUAAAACUGCUUUCUAUCUGAGAACAAACGGGUUUGGAAAAUUAGUCUUUUUUCCCCGCUCCCAGAGCUUUUCAAAUCAUUCCACCAGCCCCUGGCUAGGGACAGUUUGGUGUAACUCCUGGUCCCUGGGCCCAUCCCCGUCAUGGGUUGCUUCCUGUAUCCCUGUGGGAAAACACCCGGCUGCCAGCGCAUGUGAGCUGACCUGCGUCCCUCCAUCCCUGCCCCACCAGGCACAGCCUGGUCCACCUGUGCCCACCGCCUCCAGAGCACAGUGCUGGGAUGAGAAGUUCGCAGGGACAGGCCAAGCAUUAGGUCAGGGGAGCGACAAGACCAGGGGUCCGACACGCCAAACCGAAGUGUGGACACCAGCGCUGGCCUGCAGCGCCCAGCAGGUGGCACUGCUGCUCCCCACUCCUGGCGGGGCCCACCCCUGCACACGGGGACUCCUUUUGGGGCUGUCUUUGCUCCAGGAGCCUCUCUGUACCUGCCCACUCUGGAUGCACAAUGUCGUGGGCGUCAGCAGACCCCUACCAUAAGCAGUUACCUGAAGAGCUGAGGCCUGUCGCCUGGGUCCUGGAAGUGGCAGUGGUCACUCGCUCUUGCGGACACCUCCCAGCAGGUGCUACAAGGCCAGUGGCCACAACAGUUGGCCCUGGGGGUGACGGCUGCUCUGGCCUCCAGCUGCCCUGAACUAUUGCUAACACCAGGCUUCACCCCCUGGCACUGGUAUAAUAGCCAACAACCUCCUCCUUCCAGUUUCUAACAGCAGUUCAGGUGGUCCAAUUCUGUAAUAAUUUAUCAUCUCCAUCUUAAAAGAAAGUUUCUCCGACUGCCCCACUGACCGCGGGCCGCGCAGUACCUACCGUGUUGCAUGAGCCGACUCUGGAUGCGGCCUGGGCACCCUCUGCUGCAGGCGGUUCUUUUGGGCACCAAUGUCUCUGUUGCGUUCGAAGUUGUACGGAAGGCACUAUCUUACCACAAUAAACCUUUCCUGAAAGCCGA